CUUGUUAUAUUUCCUCCCGUUCGCCGCCAUUGCUGCCAUAGUACGAAUAUCUCCUAGCAGCUGUGUGCGGUGAAUUUGACACAUUUAACUGAUUUUUGUAUGUAAUGCGUAGCUUUUACUGCCGGGAAAGCACCCGACUACAUGGAGUCAACAUUGCAUACUUGUGUUGAGAUUACUCAACGUUAGCAGAGACAAUAAGCUACAUUGGUAAAGUGGCUAGGCUGUUGCAGCGACGCGUUCAGGGUCUUCCUUUCCUUCUGGUUAUUAUUAGCUAGUUCUCACACAAAGGUUGUUUGCAGACGCUUUGAAGAUGUCCCUACACGGAAAACGUAAAGAAAUCUACAAAUACGAGGCGCCGUGGACAGUUUACGCCACGAACUGGAGCGUCCGACCGGACAAACGCUUCCGACUGGCGCUCGGUAGCUUUGUGGAGGAAUACAAUAACAAGGUUCAGAUAGUUGGUCUGGAGGAAGAGAGCUCAGAGUUUGUGUGUCGAAACACUUUCGACCAUCCCUACCCCACCACCAAGGUCAUGUGGAUUCCCGACACCAAAGGAGCGUACCCGGACCUGCUGGCUACCAGCGGAGACUACCUGAGAAUCUGGAGGGUGAGCGAUACAGAAACCCGUCUGGAGUGCCUGCUCAACAAUAACAAGAACUCUGACUUCUGUGCACCGCUCACAUCCUUUGACUGGAAUGAGGUGGACCCAAACCUGUUAGGUACUUCCAGUAUAGACACCACCUGUACAAUCUGGGGACUGGAGACUGGACAGGUGCUGGGCAGGGUCAACUUAGUGUCGGGUCAUGUUAAGACGCAGCUCAUUGCCCAUGACAAAGAGGUGUAUGACAUCUCUUUCAGCCGAGCGGGCGGCGGCAGGGAUAUGUUUGCCUCAGUGGGUGCGGACGGCUCGGUCCGCAUGUUUGACCUCCGUCACCUGGAACACAGCACUAUCAUCUAUGAAGACCCCCAGCACCACCCACUGCUCCGGCUCUGCUGGAACAAGCAGGACCCCAACUACCUGGUCACCAUGGCGAUGGACAGCAUGGAGGUGGUGAUCUUAGAUGUGCGUGUGCCCUGUACUCCGGUGGCCAGACUCAACAACCACAGGGCUUGUGUCAAUGGAAUCGCCUGGGCACCACACUCCUCCUGUCACAUCUGUACAACAGCGGAGGACCACCAGGCUCUAAUUUGGGACAUCCAGCAGAUGCCACGGGCCAUUGAGGACCCUAUACUGGCCUACACAGCUGAGGGAGAGAUCAAUAACGUCCAGUGGGCCUCCACCCAGCCCGAUUGGAUCGCUAUCUGCUACAACAACUGCCUGGAAAUCCUCAGAGUCUGAGCGGCAGUCAUGAAGAAAUGAGGCAACUCAAAAACAUUCUCAGUUGGAUUUACAAGCUGACGUGACUUUGUUGCAGGGAAUUCUUUGUUUAAGAAGGACGAACAUUAAUUUCAUGCUCGUAUUGGAUUCAUGUUGAUACAGAUGUGUGUAAAGCUCUUCUCUCCCGAGAACUAGAGUACGUCACUGCUUGACUGUGUGAUACAAUACCGCAACCUCCUAUGAUCAGAAAACUCAAAGUAAAAAUGGUAACCAAGUAUCAAGAAACCAAAAGACUGAUAAAUCAAGGGUCAAUAGUCUUCAAGCUUUCAGCAUGCUGUCUCAGUUACGUGUUUUUAUAGGCUACGUGGUGCAUUUAAUGUGUAGUUUUACUCACUAUGUCAUCCUCAUCUAUUUUUAAAAGUGGAUUGAAUGUACUUAAUGUGGAUUUUAAGUGUUCAUAUAUUCAUUGAUUUUUUUUUUUUUUAACUUAUAACUAUAUGUAUUUUAUUCAAGUGAAUAUUUGUGAUAUGAAAAGCAUCUGUUGUGAUACAUUAUGUGCAACAGUUUACUAAUAUUAACUGACCUUAAUACAGAUUGUCUUUUGUAA